AUGGCGCUAAACGGACAAACAGACGUGAAGAGUGAUAGCCAUCCAUACAAAAUGGAAGAGUUGGAAGAAUCUCAGAUACAAAAGAUGUUUUCUGGCUCGACCGUACUCUUAACUGGGGGUACGGGCUUUCUUGGAAAACUUUUAGUUGAAAAGCUUUUAAGAUCUUGUCCUAAGAUUAAAAAGCUAUAUCUAUUAACGAGGCCAAAGAAAAAUAAAGAUGUAAUGAAAAGGUUGCAAGAGCAGUUUGAUGAUUUGCUUUACGAUAAAUUGAGGAAGGUAAUGCCGGAUUUUAUACAAAAAAUCGGUAUUGUCGAAGGCGAUAUGGGUAAAAUAAAUCUGGGCAUGAGUGAUGCGGAUCGAAGCAAAAUGAUACAAGAGGUGGAGUUCAUUUUUCAUGGUGCAGCAACAGUUCGGUUUGAUGAGGCGUUGAAGACCGCUGUGGAGAUCAACGUGCGAGGCACGAGGGAGAUCCUGCAGCUAGCACGGGCGUGUACUAAGCUACGAGCUCAUGUACAUAUUUCAACCGCUUAUAGUAAUUGUCCCUUAAGUGAAAUUGAUGAGAAAUUCUACGAGAGCAACUUCUCCGGUGACAAGCUGAUCGACCUUGUCGAAAAUAUAGAUGAAAAUACUUUAAACAACGUUACGCUUGGAUUAUUAGGGGACCACCCCAAUACUUACGCAUAUACUAAGUCGGCAGCGGAAGACAUCGUGCAGAAAUAUUCUCAAGGACUCCCCAUCGCUGUAUUUAGACCUUCCAUAGUGAUAUCAACGGCGAGCGAACCUGUACCAGGAUGGAUCGACAAUGUAUAUGGACCUACCGGUGUGGUAGUAGGAGCGGCCGUGGGCCUCCUGCACGUGUUGCAUUGUAACUCGCAAGUCGUAGCGGACUUGGUGCCAGGGGACUACGUUGUAAAUGGAGUGAUAGCAGCAGCCUGGAAAACCGCCAAAGACUAUCCUGGGAAUUAUGAACAUGCUCCCGUUGAAAAUUCACCAGUCAUUUACAAUUAUGUAUCUUCAGAACAAAAUCCUUUAACUUGGGCCGAAUUCAUGAACUACACAGAAGUAUAUGGAAUGAAAAUGAAGUCGAUGCAAGCGGUGUGGUUGUACCUCUUCUGGUUGACUCCCUCACAGUUUAUGUACAACGUAUCCGUGCUGUUAAUGCAUUGGAUCCCGGCCUAUAUAGUGGAUACUAUAGCUAUCUUAAUUGGCAAAAAGCCUAUACUAAAAAAAGCUUACCAGAAGAUCGGAAAGUUUUCAAAAGUUAUAAGCUUUUUCGCCAUCCGCGAAUGGAAGUUCCACAAUAAGAACACACUACAGCUAAUAAAGGAGUUAGAUGACACGGACAGACAUAUAUUUAAUCUUGAUAUAGAAAGCUUGAAAUGGUCGGAAUAUUAUAAGGAUUACAUUAAAGGGGUGCGUUUAUAUUUGUUAAAAGACCCCUUGGAAACAAUCCCUCAAGCUCAAAAGAAGCAUUACAAAUUACUAUGUGUACAUUAUUUCUUGGUUUCUCUACUGGCUUUUGGACUAUUAAGGCUUAUAUGGUUUUUGGUGAAGCUUUUUAUG